GGGACGAGAAGGUUCAGUGGGCUGGAGACCCUCGUGACGAACGCACGUGGAAUUCUGGGCUCUUUGGCCUCUCUCGCUCGACACCGGAUGUUCAGGCUCGCCUAAUCAUGGGAAGACGUCACAUGGCAGUCCUUGAGCUCUGAAACGCGACGGCCGCCGAGCGAGCGCGUCGAGUGAUGUGAACACGAGCCAGGCAGCGAUCCAAUCUCUCGCGUCGAGCGGACACACUCUGAAGCAGCAACCAUGGCCAAGUCGGAGGAGCAGGUGGUCGAGCAGGACCGCGCGGCGUCGCUGGGGAACAGCGUCGACGACAAUAACAAUGACGACAGCAACAGCAGCAGCGGCAGCAGCGACGACGGCAGCAAGAGCCAGGCGAUCGAAGCCUCGGGAGGCAAGUACCAGCUGCGCCCUCGCUCGCUGCACGCGCGGCGCCUCUGCGACGGCGGCGACUGGAGCUUCCAGGACGCAAUAAGGAGCAAACCGCGUCCUCCGCCGCUGUCCAGGUACCGCAGGAAGACCGCCAACGCCAGAGAGCGAUACCGCAUGCGGCAGAUCAACACCGCCUUCGAGAGCCUCCGCGGCGUCCUCCCCUCGUGGGUGUGCAGUCGCCGCGCCGCCUCCGACAUGACCAAGAUCGCCACGCUGAGACUCGCCUCCGCCUACAUCCGGUCCCUGCAGGACAUCCUGGACGGCAACGCCCCGCAGGACACGUGCUCGUGGGUCCUCUCCAGCAUCCUGCAGGACGCGUCUCGGCCACACGACGACCCCGAGAGGAGCAGCAGCGCCUCCAAGGCCCCCGGGAGCGACGACGCGUGCGCGCACUCGGAGGCCGACCUCGUGUCCCUGCUGUGCGGCUCCUCGGGCGCGCAGGACGGCCUCGAGUCGCUCUCGUACCUGGCGCCCAUGGCCGAGAGCGACACCGUGACGCUGCUGCUGCUCGAGUCCGACUCGCACAGGCACUGGAGCGACCAGCACCCGCCGAAGGGGAGGGCGGACCGUGUCUGGGCUAGUGAUAGUGUCCUUCGCUGCGCGUGUGCGGCGAGUGUGGUGUCGCAGGAGGGAGUCGUCUGA